AUGGUUGCACCUAGCGAAAAGGCUGUGAUUGAAAUGGACGAUGAAACUGCUUCAACAAUGGCUCAACCUCUCCUUGAGUUGGAGGACGAGGAAGAAGAACGAGAACGAGAACAAGAACAAGGUCCCGUGAAAGAAAAAGGAGGGGUAUGUUCUGUUUUCAGUGAUGAAAAUGCACUGCCCCGAAAAGCUCGUUUCUUUGGAAUCUUUACAGGAUUUCUCGUACACACAGUUGCACUUGGGGCGUAUGCAGCGAUGAUUGUCAACACUGGAACUACUACUAGCGAGGAAGAGAUUCCGAGAGCUGCAUUCUUGACCUGCCUCUCUUUCCUCACUCAACUUGACGUCAUUGUGUAUGUCCUAAUUUGGAUUGCAUUUACCUGCACAAUGACAGGUUCUGGAAUGAAGAUGAUCCAAGCUCGACUUGGAGAGCAUAUCCAACGGCGAGAUGUCUUUGUGUUGGGCGUUUAUUUCUUGGUCGGUAUCGUAUUGGGUGCCUUCGCGGCUUGGUACAUGGUCGACUCCUAUUUGGGAUUUACUGUUCCAUUGGUGCCUAUUGUUGCAACUGUAGUUAUCGACUUGGUCUUGUGCUAUCUUAUGAUCUGGUGCUACGAUGUUGGAGACGCAAAGUCGAACCACACGACCAAUGAGGUUGCGGAUUCUGUGUAA